GAAGCAUAGGGCGGAGCUUCGCGGCAGUGUUUGGCUGGCACGAGAGUUUUUCUGUUGGUUUAUGUUCAGCUUUCAUGACUCCACAAUGGGAGCUGGUAUCUCUACCUCGAUGGGAGAUGACGGCAUACUGGUUUCUCUCCUUCUCCUCCCAUCUCUAUUAUUUCUACCAGUUGCACAGGUUUUCUAAAGAGCAUGAGGUCAGCCUGGACAGAGAGGUGCAGCUGGAGAGAGGAUUCCUUAUAUGGGGAUUCAAGAAGGACCCUACAGAUUUCGAGUGGAGUUUUUGGAAUGAGUGGGCGUGGCAAUCUCUUUUGUGGUCUUUGAUUGGCCACGCUGUGCUGUCCAGAUUGGCAGAUUAUUUUUUGCCUCGGUUCCGACUGGCAGUCAUAACGGUGUAUGGCUUCCUCUCAGCUGGUUGGCUUCUCGAAGUGCGGGGCUUGACUGUCUUGAUGCUGCAUCUGAGCAUCUCAUUGGUGGUUGCUCAGCUACGUAUCCCCAUCCUCUCAUGGUUUUGCUCCCUCCUGCUGCUCUCCGCACUCAAUGUCACUGCCCUCCAGGAUUUACAGCGUGGUUGGUACACGUCUGAAGACCAGUACUACCUCUUGCUCUUUAGUACAGCCGUUUGUAGCUUGCGCUGCAUUAGCUUUAGUCUGGAGCUGUGCUGGCACCCCCUGCAGGCCGGAGGACCAAACCACUGCUCCCAUCUAGAGGAAAAAAGACUGAAGACUCUGAUUUUUCAGUUCUACAAGCUCACUGCCUACUGUUUCUAUCACCCCCUGUUUUACAAUGGACCCAUUGUGACCUACAGAGACUUCAGUGAACAGAUAGAGAGGCCGGUGUGUAAAGUCUCUGUGGUGUAUGUGUUGAGUGGAAUACUGCGUGUGUGUGUCUGGUGGUGUAUAGCCAAAUUCAUGAUCCACUUCAUGUACAUGCACGCCAUCCAGAGCAACGAAACCUACCUGGAGAUGCUGCCGCCCUGGGCGCUGGGUGGUUUGGCUCUUGCAUUGGUCCAGUUUUUUUACAUAAAGUAUCUAGUCUUGUUUGGAGCGGUGUCUCUGCUUGUCAGACUCGAUGGACUGGAGCCGCCAAAGUUACCACGCUGUGUCAGCAUCGUGUACAGCUUCACUGGGAUGUGGAGACACUUUGACGUGGGGCUUUACAAAUGGCUCAUCAGGUACAUAUAUGUGCCAUUGGGCGGCUCUCAUCACGGUGUGUUCCGGAAACUCGUCUCCACAGCGCUGGCGUUUGGGUUUGUGUGUUUCUGGCAUGGUUACCAUGACUACCUGCAGUACUGGGCCGUGCUGAACUGGGUUGGGGUGUUGGUGGAGAACGUUCUCGCACUCCUCUUUUCCGCUCGUCCUCUUCAUCACGUUAUUGUGCGUUGUCUGUCACCUCGGAUGCAGAGGCAUGGCCUAGCGCUUAUCUCCGCCCUCUCCACUGCUUUUCUGAUUCUGUCCAAUCUGUUUUUUCUGGGUGGGAUCCAUGUGGGCAGAAUCUUCUGGAAGAGGGUGUUUGUCGAAGGCUGGUCUUCUGUGGCCGUUCCAGUGGUUGCUUUUCUCUAUUGCUUUGCUCAAGUUGGUAUUGAGUGGGACAUGAGAUGACAACACUCCUCAGUGCAGAAUCAUGGGAAGGCAAAGUUUCUCACAGAAAACACUAUGGUAUUUACAGUUUUACCAUAGUUUGGACCAAUCACAAUGUGCACAACCAGCGUUCCUAUCUACUCCUACAAUAUCACGUGUUUGUAUAGUAGUAAUGCUGUAUUUGACCAGCGUGUCUGUGUGUGGAAAUGAAAUGGUGUGAGUGCUUCAGGUGUGUGUUUGAUGGUUAAUCCUGUCGCUGCUUUAUUUAUGAGUUUGUCUGAACACUGAUGGUGACACAUGUCUCUGAUCAGCGGCCAGGAUAUAGCCUGACCAUUGCUCUCUCUCUCUCCCUCGUCCCUCCAUCUGUGUAGAUUUCCAUCCUCUCAUUCAUUUUGUCCCUCUGAUCUUUCUUGUCCUGAUCUCUCCAUCUCGUACAUUCUCUCAUUCUCCUUGUGUAUACCUACUUCUAUCUUCUUACUAACAGCUCAAGCUGCUCUAUGUGGUUAAUUAGAUCAGUGAUCUGCUAGCCUGGAGUUUCUCCUUUAUUAGAGAGAGGUACGACAUGUGUGUGUUUCAGUAUUAUAGGGGGAUUACACUUUAAAGAGCUUUAUCUCUGCAGCGUACCUUUAUCAGCAUCAGAUUAAUCAUUCAUAAUCCCUUCACAAAAAUCUCUCUCUCUCUUCAUUUCAAUUUUAGUGUUCUUUAUUGGCAAGAUAAAACUGUAUAUUUGCAUUACCAUAUGAAUAAA